AGCAUAAAUAACACAAUAAAUAAAUUGUCGCCGGUUAAAGAAAUGUUUCCUUUAAGCUCACAGAAAAAAUAUUGGACUUUUGCAAAUGAACAACAACUUACUGAAUUACGAUUACAACAAAAUGUUAAUUACAUAAAUACACAUGGCGCACAAUUGAAUCAGGAGCAGCGUGAUUCGUUUUUCCUACUGCCUGUCGAGGAACGAGUACUAGUUAAACAAUAUGAAUUGUAUUUAAAUGAUUUCUGUCGUCGUUUCGAACCGCCUAUGCCAAAAUGUGUUGUCGGCACAGCAUUCCAUUAUUUCAAACGUUUCUACCUGAACAACACACCAAUGGAUUACCAUCCUAAGGAGAUACUCGCCACGUGUGUCUAUUUAGCUUGCAAAGUUGAGGAGUUUAAUGUAUCCAUUGGACAAUUUGUUGGUAACAUAAAAGGUGAUCGUAAUAAGGCCAUGGAUAUUAUACUCUCGAAUGAGUUGCUUAUGAUGCAACAACUUAACUACUAUUUGACUGUGCAUAAUCCCUAUAGGCCUGUUGAGGGUUUUCUCAUCGAUAUCAAGACUCGUAGUAAUAUGUCGAAUCCGGAACGUUUGAGACCACACAUAGAUGAAUUUAUAGAAAAGACAUUCUUCACUGACGCAUGUCUGCUGUACGCGCCAUCACAGAUUGCUUUGGCAGCUGUGUUGCAUGCAGCUAGUAAAGAACAGGAGAAUUUGGACAGCUAUGUUACUGAAAAUUUAUUUGUGGCGGCACGUGAUAAAUUGCCCGCGCUCAUUGAGGCCGUUCGUAAAAUACGUUUAAUGGUUAAGGCAUACGAGCUGCCAGCGAAAGAUAAAGUAAGAAUGAUUGAAAAGAAGUUGGAAAAGUGUCGUAAUCAAGAAAAUAAUCCGGACAGUCAAAUAUACAAAGAGCGCAUGCGCAAAAUGCUUUGUGACGAUGACUUGGACCUACCACUAGACUCUUCAUAUCAUGUCGCCGACUCCAGCGCAGAUAUGUCCAUGCUGAAUAUGAGCCAAGAAUCUAUAUGAGUUGAGUUGCUGUUAAGAGUUGUAUUUUUAUUUGCGGUGAACUGUUAUUGUUAAUAAAAAAAAAUAAAGAGUUAAUGUGGAAAGUGACAACCAUCAA